AACUCCUCACUUGACCACCACGAAAUGGCAGCACAACAAUCUCAGGGAAUCCAGACCCUUCUUGAGGCAGAGAAAGAGGCCGCCAAAAUUGUACAACAAGCCCGUCAAUACCGUGUGCAGAAACUCAAGGAUGCUCGCUCUGAAGCAUCAAAGGAAAUAGAGGCGUACAAGAAAGCUAAAGAAGAAGAGUUCAAGGCAUUUGAAGCAUCGCAUGCAGGGACAACGUCCAGCGUCCAAGCUUCGAUAGACAGAGAAACAGACAUAAAGCUGCAAGCUAUCACCAAUUCAUUCAACUCGAACAAGGAACAGGUCGUGAAAAAGCUGCUAGACAGAGUAGUCCUCGUCAAACCCGAAUUGCACCGCAAUUUGAAGAAGAUAUAGGCGACACUAUACCCCACCUGGCAUUUUCAUUGUACGCGCAUACCACGGACUUACUUGCUCGAAAGCUAUAAUAUUAUUGAUGAUGAAAUCUGCAAUGGUAUCCUUGAAAGAACACACUAGAUUUCGAGAAACAUCUUUAUUCCACUGUAUAAGAACUACUAUAAGUGUACUAGAAUAAUAUUUCCCAGUCGAUUCCGCAGAGUCCUCUAUUAGCAAACAGUAGACCUCGCGCUAUCUGUAGAUGGGAUACCGUGAUUACGGUG